UCUGUCAAGAGCGAGGAGCCCAUCGCCCCGGGCUGAGCAGCGCUCUGCGCCCGACUUCCCCGCCUGCCCUCUGCGCCCAGCUGCCCGGCGAUCCCGCCCUGUCCCCCCGCCGCUGGGUUUCUAUGAUGGGCUCCGUGCUCCCCGCGGAGGCGCUGGUUCUCAAGACGGGGCUGAAGCCGCAGGGGCUGUCCUUGGCGGAGGUGAUCACGUCGGACAUCCUCCACAGCUUUCUCUACGGCCGGUGGAGGAACGUGCUCGGGGAGCAGCUCUUCGAGGAGAAGAACAGCCACAGUAACCCCAAAACGGCCUUCACGGCGGAGGUGCUGGCCCAGUCCUUCUCGGGGGAGGUGCAGAAGUUAUCCAGCCUGGUCCUGCCCUCAGAAGUGAUCAUCGCCCAGAGCUCCAUCCCCGGGGAAGGGCUGGGCAUCUUCUCCAAGACCUGGAUCAAAGCUGGCACCGAGAUGGGGCCUUUCACCGGCAGAGUCAUCUCGCCGGAGCACGUGGAUCUGUGCAAGAACAACAAUCUCAUGUGGGAGGUCUUCAACGAAGAUGGCACUGUCCGCUACUUCAUCGAUGCCAGCCAAGAAGACCACCGUAGCUGGAUGACAUACAUCAAGUGUGCCAGGAACGAGCAGGAGCAGAACUUGGAAGUGAUCCAGAUAGGAAACAGCAUAUUCUACAAGGCCAUUGAGAUGAUUCCACCAGACCAAGAGCUGCUGGUCUGGUACGGGAACUCCCACAACACCUUCCUGGGGAUCCCGGGCGUGCCGGGCUUGGAGGAGGAGCAGAAGAAAAACAAGCACGAGGACUUCCACACGGUGGAGACCGGCGCGAGCACGGCCGGCCGCAUGCGGUGCGUGAUCUGCCACCGCGGCUUCAACUCCCGCAGCAACCUGCGCUCCCACAUGCGCAUCCACACCCUGGACAAGCCCUUCGUCUGCCGCUUCUGCAACCGCCGCUUCAGCCAGUCCUCCACGCUCCGCAACCACGUGCGCCUGCACACCGGGGAGCGCCCCUACAAGUGCCAGGUCUGCCAAAGUGCCUACUCCCAGCUCGCUGGACUCCGGGCCCACCAGAAGAGUGCAAGGCACCGACCUCCCAACGCCUCCCUGCAGUCUCACUCCCCAGCCUUGCCCGGGCCCCACCCUGCCUCCCUGGCGCAUCACAUACCUACAAUGGUGCUGUGAGCCACUGUCGGGCUCCGGGGAGCCAUUUCCAGCUGUCGGAGACUGGCAUUGAUAAUGCGGAUGAAUUUGUUGGCAUCAACCCUUCAGGGAGGGGUGGGGGGCAGAGAGGAUGGGGCAGGGCCGAUUUCUUAAUUAAACAGUUUGCUGAUGAAGAGGUGUUUGGCAUCAGGCAGCGAGUGGCAUAAAGACAUUUGGGAGGGUAAAAAACAUUGAGAAUGAAAAAUAACAUGAACCCUAAUGUGAAGACACCAGUAUAUGUGGGGGGAGGGGAGAGCCAAAAUGCUGAUUUCUGAAACAUUUUCCAAGGGUUUUUGUGUUUAAUCCAGUUGGAGGAAGAGAAGAAAAAUUGCUUUCCCUUCUAUUGAAGUUAGUGCAGCUGGAAGGCCAGAUUCACCACUGGUGGGAGCGGGCACCAUUCUGUUGAAGUCAAUGCAGCUGUGCCUGUUUACACCAGUGGCAAUUUUGGCCCCAAAGCUGUUUGCACUGGGGAUAUUUACAAAACCCUAUUCUGAUGUUAGUGCUGGUAGGAGCAAAGUACAGACAAAAAUCAUGGGGCCAGGCCCCAUUUUUGCCACCAUGUUCUUUAGGCUUGGAGUCCAUGCUAGACCCCCAGCUGGUCCCCAUGCCAGUUCAGCUGGUCCACCACGUACCACGUCCGGCUGGUCUGCCAUGCCAGAGCUAGCACCAGUGGGAAGGAUCUUUUGUAAGUUUCCACGGACUCAAGUGUAUUAGUUCAAAAACCACACCCCUACUUUCUCAUGUCUAAGCUGUAUACCUGUUAAGACCUCUGAAACUGCACACAGAUCUGAGCUUCUGCCCAUGCAGACGGGACGUGCAAAGUGGCAAUUGAGCAACAGGACGUUGAUAAAAAUUUGCCCCAUCGUGUGCUCAAGAAAUGGAGAGUCAAGCAAGUCGUCUGGUGUCACCAAAAGCAUUUUUCCAGGAAGUGUGUGAGCUGGAGUGGUUAGAAGUGCCCCCCACACUCUCAGCUCACCUUGCCAAGGCCACCUCCCACACUGCAUGGGUGUUCCUCCUCCAGCUCUAAACUAGGGCUGCUUGUCCUUCAGCAGAUCCAUAUCUCUAGGGCCUAUUUAAACUCUUACCUCUACUGCCCUCUGGAGACCAAAGAGAAAUAAUUCCUUUGGCCAAACCACACCCAGAAUGCAGUCCGGAGCGCCCCCUUGAGUCCUGCCACAGUUAUGAACCCAAUAAGAAGGGUUUUGUGAAAUAAAAUAUAAAAAACCUAUUAUAAUAUUAUUAAUUAUAAGUAUAAGAUGUAUAGAGUUUUUGCAAACUGUGUUUUACUUCCAGAAAACAAUUGUCACUUUACCUUUGUAAAUAUUUAUGUAAAACAUUAUUUACAAAACUUUGAUAUUAUAUAUUAUUUGAUGGUAUAUGUACACAGCUGUAAAUACAUUUGUACCUCUCUCUCUUGUAUUCUAAAUAAAAAUUACUUGGAACAUUUAUCAUUUAG